GACGUAGAAGGGUACGCAUGCCCUCUGCAGACAGCGCGUACGGCCUGCUGUCAGGCAAUGGAAACGUAGCCACUUGAAUCUAGUGAGGUCAUGUUUUCGAGCCCAACAACGGACUAAAAAUAUAUUUGCAGACGUUAAGCCAAUUUAUUUGCUUGAAAUAAGAUAGCGGUGAUUAAUCGAACCGUGGAGAAAGCAGUGCUUACAUUUGACGACAGAGAGGAAUCUUUUGGAUGCACAGAAAGCAUUAAUAGAAGAUUUCACCAUGAACAAAAACAAGAGAGAAAAAGAGUUCUACAGCAUAGAUGUUGGGGAUUCAACGUUUACAGUUCUGAGGCGGUAUCAGAACCUCCGACCGAUCGGGUCUGGAGCGCAGGGUAUCGUGUGCUCUGCAUACGAUCAAAACCUUGAACGAAAUGUUGCCAUCAAGAAGCUGAGCCGGCCCUUCCAGAACCAGACGCACGCCAAGCGCGCCUACAGAGAACUAGUUCUAAUGAAAUGUGUCAAUCACAAAAAUAUCAUCGGUUUAUUACAUGUAUUCACUCCACAAAAAACAUUAGAAGACUUCCAAGAUGUGUACUUGGUGAUGGAGCUGAUGGAUGCCAACCUGUGCCAGGUGAUCCAGAUGGAGCUGGACCACGAGAGGCUGUCCUACCUGCUCUACCAGAUGUUGUGUGGCAUCAAGCACCUGCACGCCGCGGGCAUCAUUCACAGGGAUCUGAAGCCCAGCAACAUCGUGGUGAAGUCCGACUGCACUCUGAAGAUCCUGGACUUCGGUCUGGCCCGGACCGCCGCCACGGGCCUCCUGAUGACCCCGUACGUGGUCACGCGCUACUACAGGGCGCCGGAGGUCAUCCUGGGCAUGGGCUACCAGGCCAACGUGGACAUAUGGUCUGUGGGCUGCAUUCUGGCAGAAAUGGUCCGCCAUAAAAUCCUCUUCCCGGGAAGGGACUACAUUGACCAGUGGAACAAGGUGAUCGAGCAGCUAGGCACCCCCACCCAGGAGUUCCUGAUGAAGCUGAACCAGUCGGUCAGGACCUACGUGGAGAACCGACCCCGCUACGCCGGCUACAGCUUUGAGAAGCUGUUCCCCGACGUGCUCUUCCCGGCCGACUCAGAACACAACAAACUCAAAGCGAGCCAAGCCAGGGAUCUGUUGUCCAAAAUGUUAGUUAUCGACGCCUCCAAGCGCAUCUCUGUAGACGAAGCCCUGAAGCACCCCUACAUUAACGUUUGGUAUGAUCCGGCUGAGGUGGAGGCGCCCCCUCCAAAGUUCACCGACAAGCAGUUGGAGGAGAGAGAGCACACGGUGGACGAGUGGAAAGAUCUGAUUUAUAAGGAGGUUUACGAUUGGGAGGAGUGCACCAAAAACGGGGUGAUCCGAGGCCAACCCCCACCUUUAGGUGCAGCAGUGAUUGACAGCUCCCCACAGCCCGCCUCCUCCUCUUCCUCAGCCAAUGACGUCUCGUCCAUGUCCACGGACCCCAGUGACCCCAGCAGUGACCCUACCAUGACCUCUGACACAGAGAGCAGCCUGGACAGCCAUACCUCCCUAGGAGCUCUGGGCUGCUGUAGAUAACAAUGAAACACACACACACACACACACACACACACAGGUGUGCACACGCACACAUACACAUGUACACACACAUGCAGUAAGGUACAAAAUAUCUGGAGUCCACUACCAAACUGGUUAUCAAAUAUUGGGGCAGUGAAAGGCAAGCGUCAGUUAAAAUAAAUGCAAAAUGUACAGCAUUACAGAUAAUAUCUGGUGAUGUUGCAGCAUAUUUCCAAUUUCCCUUUCAAAUAAAAAUAUUUGAGAGAUAUUUAAAUACAUUAGAUGCAUGUUUACAACUUUUUCUUGCUGGAAAAUAAUCUGAUUUGAAGACACUAGAGCGGCAUGUCUGCAGAAUACAGCGGUUCCUUUCUGUGCUAUAUGUGUCGUUUAAAUCAUGCCUGUAUCCAAACUCCGGAGAAGGUGAAACAUUCCCAAACCCUGAACAUUUGCUCCAUCUUGUUUGAGUCAAAAGCUUUCCGAUUGUAAUCGCAAAGUAAAAAAUUUCCAUGGGGAUAAUUGCUACUUUACCUCCGAGGGAGUGGGUUACCUAAUGUUUAAUGAAUGUACAUUUACUAAAUGGGAUUUGAAACUCUGCAUUUUAUUCAAAUUCUCAUCCUUCUCGCUUUGUUUCUCUUUACUUUGUGUUGUACUGCUGAAUAAGAAACCCUUUUAAAGCCACACUAAUUGACCUCUGGCCACUAAAAGGCAGUCAGUACUCUCCAACCCAUCGUGAACUAACAUGAAGCUCCAGAACAACACGUGAGUCCGCUGCAUCAUGGCUGCCAUGAGAACCCACUAGGGCUGCAGCUGUGAUGAUGACUCGGUUGUUGGUAGUGGACCCAGAUAUUCGAAUCUCGCUGUAAACACUAACGAUAAAAGAAACCACCAAUACACUAGUGUGAUGGGACAGGCUUUUGGCCAAUAAAACCUCUUGUUAGCUUUUAGAGAUAUACUUUUGAUUUACAGAUAGUUUUUAUUUCCCUGUCCCCCCAUACUGCUGUAAAUGAUUGUUGUUUGAAAUUAUUUUUUUGCUGCGAAGAAUUGAAGUAUGUUUUGAUGUGACUUUGUGAUGUAUGUUAUGGAAGGGAGGUUUUUAACUAUACUGGAAACAUUGCUGUUUUUAAGCUACUGAUGUACAGAAGAUUGCCGUUUAACCGUUAGCUUCUAAAGAUGAAUCAUGUUUAAUAUAUUUUUUGAAUUGUUAGUUUAGCAUUUUUUUUUAUUGUUUUUAGGGACUGAAUGAAUAUGAUACAACUGGUCCACUCAGAAGGCCACGCCUGGCACCGGUCUCACUGCAAAUUUAGCUAUUUUCUUUGCAUUUCUUGUAGAAAGUAUAUUUCUGUCCUUCCAGACUGACUUUUUUCAUUGGCUGUUAUUAUUUUGAUCUCCACCUCCCAGAUCAAAUGAUUGGUGUCCUUGGCCAGAGGCAAACUUUAUAGAUCCCUGCUUUUUAUCCAGGUUCCUUAUUGAUUAUCUAGAUGUGGGGUAGAUGGAGCCAGUGUUUCUGUUGGACGAGGACGAACAGGGUGAAUGUAGAAGACACAGAGUAUCGGGCUGCUGGUACUGGAGGCUUGGGUCUAAAUGGUCAGUUUACUGUCAUGGCAGGUUUCUACGUUUUUCUGUCAGUUAAUUUGUUAAAUAUGUUUAUAUUUUAUUUGAUUUAAGUGGCCUUACUCCAGUCAGUGGUUUUCUGAGAAUGCCCUCCCUCUGUGGUGUGUCUUUGGAAGUUCUACCUCACACACACACACACACACACACACACACACACACACACACACACACACACACACACACACACACACACACA